AAUCUCGUCGUCUUUAGGGUUUUCAAUCGCGUCGACCGGUGGUCGUAGGGGGGGAAAAGCCAUGGCCGGUGGGAAUCUGUCGACGGACUUGAGCGUCGCGGAGGUGAAGAAGAGCGUCCUCCGCGACGCGCUGGAGCACAUCCACGAGCGGGCCUCCUCGCUCUUGCUGCUGUCGCUCCGGUGGAAGGACCUCGACGAGCACUACGACGCCGCGCGGCGCGCGGUCGAGCGGCGCGGGGAGGAGGUCCGCUCCGUGGAGGAGUCUGUCAAGGCGAGUUUUAGCGGGUUCGCGGCGAGGCUCGAGGAGAUUGAGAGGCGGGAGAGCGAGAUCGCGUCGGGGCGGAGGGCGGAGUUCGAACGCAGGCGCGAGGAGGUCGAGAGGAACGCGGAGGAGUUGGAGUUUGCGAAGAGGGAGGUUGAGGAGAGGCUUCGGGGGAUCGAGGUGGCGGAGAGGCGGUUCGAGGAGGUUAGUAGCUCGCUGGGUGCGUUGGUUGACGAGAGGUUGAGGGAGAUUGGAGAGAGAGAGAGGAAGGUUGGGGAGAGAGAGAAGGAAAUCGAGUUUAGGAACGAGAAAUUGAGGGAGAGGUGGGAGGCUUUCGAAGCUAGCAGGAGUAAAUUGGAGGGGAAAAUCAACGAAGCACAGUUGAAAAGUGAGGAAUUUGAGGGUAGAAUGAAGAAUCUAGAAUUGAUAGAGAAGGAGUGCGAUGAGCGAGUCAAGCAAGCUAGGUUGAAGGAGAAGAGGUUGCAGCAGUGGUCUAAUGUGCUUGAGAUACAGAAGAGAGAACUUGAAGUGAGACUGAGAGAGGUCGAAUUGAAGGAUAGCAGGGCAAAAGUAUUGUCUAAAGAACCUGACUUGACAAGCAAGAAAUGUCAGGAACAGAAUAAUAAUGUUAGGCCUGCGAUAAACAAAUCAAGCGAUGAAAUUCAUCCGAAAGUACUGGCCAAAUCACCAGACACUUGCUUGAAGAAAGAUGGCCAGGUUUCGAAUAUUCAAAGGCGUGCGGCAGUGGAUGGGAAGGAAAUGCAAAUUUUCCUUAAUGAGCGCUGGACAGAAGGUGAAAAAUUAAGACAUGAAGUGUUGGUAACGCUUAGAAAAUGUUCUGACCCCGCGAGGCUUGUUCUAGAUGCAAUGGAAGGGUUUUACCCUCCGCAUUUGAAAAAGGGGGAUGUGGAGUUUGAUGAGUGUAUUGUUAGGAGGAGUUGUAUCUUGCUGUUGGAGCAGCUAAAGAAGAUCUCUCCAAUUAUUACCCCUCAGGUGAAGACUGAGGCGACGAAAUUGUCUUUCUUCUGGAUAACUAAAAUGAGAGCAGAUGCCGAAAAUUCCUUGGAAGUAUUGGGAUUUUUACAGCUUUUGGCUACUUAUGGAUUGGCUUCUGCUUUUGAUGCCGACGAGAUCCUACACUAUGUGGAGAAAAUUGCUCAAUUUAACCAUAUGCCAGAAUUAUGCCAGGCCCUGGGCCUUAAGGAUAAGAUUCCAGGUCUCAUUCGGGAUCUUGUGAAAGAGAAGCAACAUAAUCUGGCUGUAAAGUUUAUUCAUGCUUUCAAGAUGGAAGAUGAGUUUCCACCAGAACCCCUCUUGAAAGAACAUAUGAGAAUCUCCAAAAAUGCUGCUGGGGCAAUUCUGCAAAAUGGACAAAACUCUCCUGGAGCUCAGAAUCAGGCCAUGAAAAGAAGAAAAGCUGAUCUGGAAGCUGGAGGUAGAUGCGUUGAAGAUAACAAGAUCAAGUCAACAAUUUCACUUAAAAAAAUGAGGCAAGCCAUUACUUCUAUGGAGAAACAAAAUGAGGAGCAAAAAAAAGCAGCCUCUGAGAUCGGCAGCAUCAAAAUGAGAGAAUUGGAUGGCAAAUUACAUAGCCCUGCUAUAGGAGCUGCUCCUGUUCCAUCCUCUAUCCCUGCCUCUGUCAAAAGUACUAAUCCUAUCUCCAUCGAGACUGCUGUCAAACCAGCAUCGGAAACUUCAACCCCACCACAGCAUAGAGGUAAGCAUCAACGAACAGCUGCAUUGGCAGAAGUUGGAUCGAAUCCUCUUGCUGGUGCCAGUUCUAAUGCUCAGUCAUCGCACAUUACACAUAAAGAGGCGUCAUGUGAGAAUCUUUGCUCUAAGCCUUCUGGCAAGAUUUUGGGAAAGAUACUCAGCAGGGAGGUGGAAUAUGAGUUGGUUCGCGAUGAAAUUUCCACUCUUCUUCAGUCCUCAUCGGAUCCAGCAUGUCUUGUUUUCGACACACUGAAAUGUUCUGACCCUUCAAACUCAAAAGAAUUCAUUAGAUUGGGUAUUCCAGUAAAGCGUUGCAUUUUACUAUUGGAACAUUUAAAGAGAUUUUCGCCUAUCAUCAAGCCUCCGUUAUUUCAAGAAGCAAAACAGUUUUGUAAUAUUUGGAAACUGAAGUUGAAGGCGAGGAAAGAUGAUCAUGUGGAGACCAUAUGUUUUCUUCACUUUCUGGCUGCCUUCAAAUUGGCUCCUCUUGUUGGUGCUAAUGAAGUUCUUGAUCUCUUGGAUCCAUCGAAGUGGGCUAAACAGGUCCGCGAUUUCUGUGAAUCUCUGGGAUUAGCAGACUUUUUACCUGGUUUUAUCAGGAAUCUUAUUGAAAAGAAGCAUUGGAUCGAUGCCAUUAAGUACAUUAAUGCACUGAAGAUGGAGGACAAGUUCCCUUUAGUGCCUCUCCUCACUGAUUAUUUGGCACAUUGGGAGAACAGAGCAGAUGAAACAUCCAAGAAAAAGAACAGCUCGCCUAGCAGUCAGAUUGGGGCCAUUAACAAAAAGUUAACUGCGACGAAAACUGCAAUGAAAUGGAUAGCGACAUACAGGCUUGAAUCAGAGUUCUCGCACAAGGAUUUCGAAGCCUAUAUUAAACAGCUGGAAAAGCAGAAGGCUGAGAUAGAAGGUAAACUGAGAGAAUCCAAAGCUGGUGCUGGAUCACAGCAUGUAUUGACCCAGCAGGACAAAAAGGAGGAACCGCCGGCACAAGCCGCCUCCGAUCAUGUUGCCACAUCAUGUAGUGAUGCCCCCCCUUCGGUCACCGCCUCAACCAUUCCAACUUCAGCCAGCAAUUCAAGCCAUCAGCCAGAAAAGAAGCGUAAGAGUAUAGCUCCGCAACCACAAACUCCAUCAGGACCCCCCCUUGUUGGUCAUCCCUUGACGCAGCCCUACAUUAGGCCCCCAGUGGAUACACAUGGGUACCAAAUUGGACCCCCAUACUCAGCAAGACCGUCCGGAUACCACGGGUUGCAAAUCCCUCCGAACAACUAUCCUUUCAAUCCAUACCAUUACAGUGGUGUUGGUUACCAUGGCAGAACUUGUGCAGUGCCUCUCUGUGGAGGUCAGCCAGUACGGUUCGCUGGUCCUAGGGAUGCUUUCGGUGGUCCUAGAUGAUAAAUUUUUCCGGUUUAGUCUCACGUAUCUCAUCCAUCAAUGUAAAUCCGUUUGCUGUUGUCUUUAUUCAUCAGUCUGUCUAUUUGUGGUUUUAUGGACCCGAAGAUAUGGAGAAGCAAGAGUCUGGCAAAACCCUUUGCAGAGCUAAAACAGUAGCUGUUUAAAGAACAUUCUUCUUUUCCAUCAGAAUUAUAUCCUCUGUUCUGCUAUUCCUUC